UUUUGGUAUGCUUCUUUGGGAAUUAUGUUUUGAAAAGGUUCCAUACGCUGACAAAGGUAUGGAUGAUAUUAUAUCCCAUGUUACGAAUGGUGGUAGAGAAAAAAUUCCAGUUUGUAAUGGUGAUGAAAAAGAUAAAGAAGUUCAAAAAGAAUUGGUAACCAUUAUUAAAAUGGCGUGGCAGCAUGAUCAAGAAGCUAGAGUUAAUAUAAGCAAAUUAUUUGUAAUGCUUUCAAAAAUGGCCUCAAAUUAUGUUAUACCCGGUUCACCUACUUAUCUUUUGCCUGAUAAAACUAUAGAUUAUGAAGGGGUUAGACGUCAUAAAUUAAAAACUCCAGAAGAUAGAAAGAUUGCUUGGAAAAUCUUUAAUACUAAUGCAGAAAGAGGUGAUUAUACUGCAAUGUAUUGGAAAGGUGUUUAUUUAUCAGAAGGUUAUCACGUUGAUAAUAGAUCUGAAGAAUGUAUCAAGGAAGACAAAAGCAAGGCCAUCGAACUUUUUAAAUUAACAGCUGAUUACGGUAUUUCAGAUGCACAAAUACGUUAUGCAUUAUGUUUAAAAGAGUUGGGAUUGUUAAAAGAAAAAAAGGAACGUGAUGAAUUUAUCAAGUAUAUGAAAAUGUCCGCUGAUAAUGGUCAUUCUAUUGCCAUGUACAAUAUGGCC